AUGAAGUGUCUUUUCAUCAUUUCCUUAUGUAUUUAUUAUGGAAUAGGAGUUCUAAGUGGCCAAGAAAAUACGACGGAAAAUCCUGAUUCUCUUCAAGCCGAAAUACACGAAAUCCUACAACUAAUACCGAGAGAAAAAGUUACUGAAAUUGCUAAGAAUCAUUUAGUAAGCGACGACGGAUUCAAAGCAGCGAUAAAAUUCAUGAAAAGUGAUGAUUGGAACGAAAAUGUGGAAAUUAUAAGAGGAAAACCGGAAUGGAUACGUUUCAAAUCAUUUUUCUCGACGAUCGGUUUUCCUGUCGAUACAUUAAUAUUUUGUAUGGAAUCAUUUUUGAAAAUGGUGACGGUACCCGAAGUUCCAGAGGAUACGCCAAAAAAUUUGACAUCUUUCAUGAUUGACGUUGAAAAAGUCGUCCCGCUCACCGAUAUCAUCAUGAAACUCUACGAAAAACAACGAGAUAACAAAAAAUUCAACAAGAUACUGGAAAAAUUGAAAACGCCGGAGACGAAAAUUAUUGUUGAAGACGUCGUGCGUUUACCAGAAGUUAAAAAAAUGUUGACGGAUGUGAAAAAUAUGGGACUCGAUUUAGGGGAUAUAUUUUCAAUGUUUUAUUUUUUCAUGGGUUGGGGUGAGUUCAAAAUGUAA